AUGACGAAGAGGUGCGUGGACGACGACAGGACCCUAGCCAUGUUCGAGAUAUUCUCCUUCGAGAGAUUCUCCUUCGGCUGCUGCUGCUUCUUGGCUCAUGACGACGACGGGUCACUUGCUGGCCAACUUCGGGACUUCUUCUCUUCGGAGAACCGCUGCCCGCUGUUGGCCCACCAGGACGACGGGACGCUGGCCAAUUUCGUGAUCUUCUCCUUCAUCCGCUUUUGGCUCUUGGCUCAUGACAACGAUCGGGACACUGACCAGCCGCUACACACUCUCCGUCAUCCGCUGGUCUUCAAUCGGCUUCGAUUCGGAUUUCCCCGCGAUUAA